AUGGGAGCAGAAGCUGGCCAUUAUGAAAGAAAGAGCAUUCACGAGUCCAUCAGAUUACUCAUAGAAGGUGAAUCAAUACGACGGGGUCAAUUCGAACAAACUAAUGUCACAAUUUGUAUGGUACCUGAUACACUCAGAAAUCUCAACCCAACCGCCUAUACACCUCUAAUAGUCUCAAUUGGUCCUCUUCACAAAGAGAACCCACAUCUAAGAGCUAUUGAGGUGCAAAAAGUGACUCACAUGUAUAGACUAUUUCUUCGAACUAAGGAAACCACGGGGAAGGCUAUAGAGCAAAUAAGUUAUGAUUGCGCACAGCCAGUGCUUGGGCUUCUAACACGUGCAAGAGCUUGCUAUGCACCAAGUCUUACAAACUAUGAAGAUUUCAAGCUGGCUGAAAUGAUGGUUAUUGAUGGUUGUUUUAUACUUGAACUUCUCUACACGUUCAAGUAUGGAAUUGGAGAGGGUGAUCCAAUUUUCGACAAUAUUCUGGAUAUGAAUAUCAUAAAUAAUAGCCAACUUACCACAAUUGAUGGAACAGACACAGUAGAGCCUUGUCAUAUCCUUGGGCUUCUUCAACACUGCUACAGGCCCGUAGCUACUAUGCGAGGCCGAUUUCCAAAUAUCUCUUACUCUGCAACUGAAAUCGUUCGUGCAGGAGUCACAUUCAAGGAACAAACUGAAGAAUAUUCUCCACUUGCAGUGAAAUUUAUACAACCCUCUCUUGUUCCGGGGUUGGGUACUCUAUUUGUUAGAGAAACCUGUUUGAAAAUUCCAGUAUUGUGCAUCCAAGACACCACCGCGUCGUUCUUGAGGAAUCUCAUUGCCUAUGAACAGUGCUACCCAUUCAGUCGUCAUUAUGUUACCUCUUUCGCCUUCCUCAUGGACAGGCUCAUUGACACUAAAGAUGAUGUUUCGUUGCUUGUGAAAGCAAAAGUCCUUCAACACAAACUGGAAGCCAUCGAAGAUGUAACAAAUCUCUUCAACAAUAUUUGCAAAGGUGUCGUCCUUCGGGAAUUUUAUUACACUGAGGAAUGGAGACAAUUGGAUAAAUAUUGCAAGCGUUUCCGGCCUAGCAUAUUAAUUUGA